GAGCCGAGCAGGAGCGCAGCGCCGCGGGGAGGAUGGCCUCAGAGCCGCGCGCUGAGCACACAGCGUCACGGUGAAUCCUCUGCCGGGUUUCGGGUUUUCCUCUCCCCGCUGUCCUCCCUGGCGAUGAGCAGCCUGCAGCUCCCUCUGCGCUACCGGACAGCCUGCACUGCGGGAUGCAGACCGGAGUCCAGGAGUUGACAUCGUGCCGCCGGGAGGUGACGGUCCGCUCCGUCCUCUGAUCACCUGCUGCUCUGGGGCUCCGAGCGGCUCCAUGUUUGCGCUGCGUGCUGCUCGUCCCACUGCGCCUCCUUCACUCGGACUGCUGACUGUAUUUUUGUAUUUUGCAGGACACCCAUCAGUGGACUGUUAGUAUUUAGGAGGACUUCAGCUGACAAUGAUCCGCCGGCUGUGAGUGAGACAGACAGAAGUCAUCUAAUUGGCUGCCCGCGCUACGCACCAUGGCCAAUAACAACGAGCUACAAACCGAUCCAGACGGGCUGUCGGUGCUCCAGCAGCUCGGUUUGGACCAAAACACCGACUUCUCCGACUCCAGCGUGCAGCAGCGGCUGGACGAGCACCGCGAGAGGAUCCGCAGGGAGAUCCGCAAGGAGCUGAAGAUCAAGGAGGGCGCAGAGAAUCUCCGCAGGGCCACCACCGACAAGAGGAAUGCCCAGCAGGUGGACUCGCAGCUCCGCAGCUCCAAGCGCAAGCUGGAGUAUCUCCAGGCCCAGCUGCAGGAGCUGGACGCACACAUCGUGGUCAAAGGGCCCGAUGACAACACAGAUACCUGCAAAUCUCCAGGUUCAGUCAGUCGGACGUCGGCCAAUCAGCACCGCAUUGCAGCUCUGGAGCGGCAGCUGAACAUCGAGCUGAAGGUCAAGCAGGGAGCAGAGAACAUGAUUCCAAUAUACGCCAACGGAGGCACCAAGGACAAGAAGCUUCUCCAGACGGCUCAGCAGAUGCUGCAGGACAGCAAGACGAAGAUCGACAUCAUCCGCAUGCAGAUCCGGAAAGCCAUGCAGGCCACGGAGCAAUCUGAGGACAACCAAAGUAAGCCGGACCUGUGUGGGGUGGAGCUGCGUGUGGAGGAGCUGUGGCAUCACUACCGAGUGGAGCACGCCAUGGCCGAGGGAGCCAAGAACAUGCUGCGACUGCUGGGAGCAGGAAAGGUCCAAGACAAGAAGGCCAUCGCUGAGGCUCAGUGCGGGUUGAGCGAGUCGUCGCAGCGUCUGGACCUGCUCAGAUGCUCUCUGGAGCAGAGGCUGCUGGAGCUGCCUGAGGACCAUCCCAAGGCCUGCCUCAUCAAGGAGGAGCUGGUGCUGGCCUCCUCCUCAGCGUUCAGCUCCCGCCACAGCACGCCGUAUGUCCACAACCAGUACAGCACCCUGAGCAAACCGUCACCGCUCACAGGUACUCUUCAGGUUCGUCUUCUGGGCUGUGUGGGACUGUUGGAGGUGGUCCCAGGGCGGAGCAGAGGAACCCCAGUGGUUCUUCCUUCUUACUCUCAGGCGGACGGACGCUCCUCAUUCAAACUGAGCGGCCUCUACAGCCGCAGCACCAGCAGCAUGAGCCUCAAGAUCCCCAGCAAGAACGAGGAGCUCUCCACGGAAGUGAGCGCAGUGCUGAAGCUGGAGAACACGGUGGUGGGUCAGACAGUUUGGAAAACAGUUGGGGAGCAGGCCUGGGACCAGACCUUCACUGUGGAGCUGGAGAGAUCCAGGGAGAUGGAGAUCGCGGUGCAUUGGAGGGAUUACCGCUCCCUGUGCGCUCUGAAGUACCUGAAGCUGGAAGAGUUCCUGGACAACCAAAGACACCAAGUCCAGCUGGAACUGGAGCCGCAGGGGCUGCUGCUGGCCGAGGUGACCUUCUUCAACCCAAUGAUAGAGAGAGGCCGAAGACUCCAGAGGCAGAAGAAAGUCUUCUCCAAGCAGCACGGUAAAGCUUUCCUGCGCGCCCGUCAGAUGAACGUGGACAUCGCUACCUGGGUCCGCCUGCUCAGGAACGCCAUCCCCAGUGGAAGCAACACACCUGCGUACACGCCCAGCUUCACAGGCAACACACACAGCACAGGAGAAAUCUCCGUGGAGAAGCUGAACCUGGACAGCGAAUCUCCUCCCAAAGCGGAGGUCAGGAAAGAUGUGGUGGACGCACCAGCUCCUCUGGAGCAGACGCCCGUCAUCGAGCCUCCGUCCACGCCGGAUGUCCCUGUUCACGAGCAGCCAACCAGAUCGCUGUCUCAAAACUCCCUACGCAGAGCCAGCAGAGGCCCUCUUUGUCUGCAGGACUUCAAGCUGAUGGCGGUUCUCGGCAGGGGCCACUUUGGGAAGGUGCUGCUGUCAGAGUACAAGAGCACCGGCAGCCUGUACGCCAUCAAGGCCCUGAAGAAAGGAGACAUUGUCGCUCGGGAUGAAGUGGAAAGUCUGAUGUGUGAGAAGCGGAUCUUUGAGACCGUCAACGGCUCCCACCACCCCUUCCUGGUCAACCUGUUUGCAUGUUUCCAGACGCCAGAACAUGUGUGUUUUGUCAUGGAGUACACGGCGGGCGGAGACCUCAUGAUGCACAUACAUGCCGACGUCUUUACUGAGCUUCGCGCUGUGUUCUACUCGGCCUGCGUGGUCUUGGGUCUGCAGUUCCUUCACGACCACAAGAUUGUGUAUCGGGAUCUUAAACUGGACAACCUGCUGCUCGACACGGACGGCUAUGUGAAGAUAGCAGACUUUGGGCUCUGCAAAGAAGGCAUGGGCUAUGGAGACAGGACCAGCACAUUCUGUGGGACUCCUGAGUUUCUGGCCCCCGAGGUUCUGACGGACACGUCGUACACCAGAGCGGUGGACUGGUGGGGGCUUGGAGUGCUCAUCUACGAGAUGUUGGUCGGAGAGUCUCCGUUCCCAGGCGACGAUGAAGAGGAGGUGUUCGACAGCAUCGUGAACGACGAAGUGCGCUACCCUCGUUUCCUCUCCACUGAGGCCAUCGGCAUCAUGAGACGGUUGUUGAGAAGAAAUCCUGAAAGACGUCUUGGCUCUGGAGAAAAGGAUGCUGAAGAUGUCAAAAAACAGCCUUUCUUCAGGAACACGGACUGGGAGGCGCUGCUCCAGAGGAAGGUCCCGCCGCCGUUCGUCCCGACCAUCGGCAACAGAGAAGACGUGAGCAACUUCGACGCCGAGUUCACCACCGAGGCACCGACCCUGACGCCUCCCCGCGAGCGCCGCACCCUCUCCCGGAAGGAGCAGGACCACUUCAAGGAUUUUGACUACGUCUCCGACCUCUGCUAGGGUCAGGGGGUCGCGGGGGGUUUUUUUAGCUGCACACUGCCAGCCACAGACUCUGAAAGGAGACGAGACGGCUGACUGUCUGUGCUGGGAGGGCACGGACAGACGGACUGGGAGGAUCACUCGUACUCUGUCCUCUCUCUAUCUCUGUGUUUAUGAUGGGAUGAGGCAGCAGCCGGGCUGAGCGAAUCAGUGGAGUCUGAUCGCGUGUCGCAAACAUAUGCAGUGUCACAGAUCUGCUGACCGACAGACUAUGCGGAGUGGCUUUUACCGAAAGGGGGGGAAGUCGCGAUGAUAAAGAUAAUCCAGAUUAUGUAACAGAUGGAAGAUGAGAUGAUGGAUCCUGCUGUUUGUUUGAAAUUCUCAAAGAGCCUCGAAAAUCACGGAGGCAAAGAGAGAAAAGCGAUGAUUCAGUUUGUCUCUUUGCUCCACUCUGUCGUCCCUUUAUAUCUCUGCUGUUUGUUGCUGCUAAGUGUGUGUUUAGCCGUGUCCCUGCCUCCGUCAUGAAUGUUUCAAUCGUGCACCACCCGUCCGUCACCACUUGGGGGAGCCAGAGGAAAGAGAAAUUUCUGUUUAAUGUUUGGUCGACGCUGCCCCCUGCUGGUCACGCCAAAGAAAGGCAAGUAAAGGGUUUUAGCAGGAGGCUGGUGGAGGGGGUUCAGCUGCUGUUUGUGUGUCUUUGUUCAAUCAUAGGAAGCAUCUUCUCCUUCCGCUGUCCUCUGUUACACCACAGGUUUUUAACUUCAAUCAUUUUUCAGUGACAAAAAGCUUUUACAGUUUUGUGAUUUACUGUUUUGUUUUUUUUCCUCCCCUCGUCUGUGUUUCCUCCUCUGUUCUGUUAUUUGCUGGUGAAAUGUGUUGGAACUGUGACUCAGUAAAGAUGUGAACUCAA